GGGGCUGAAAGUUCCUACUCCCGGGAGGGGAGAGAGGCAGGAAAGGCUCCAGUAAAAUAAAUGCAAAAUGAACAUCAGGAUGCUCUCCCUCAUGGCAGGCAUCUUCUCUAUUCUCAUUACCAUCCAGUUCCUCAUCUUUGACCUGAACCAGAUUAUAUUCAUCGGCUAUGAGGAUAAGUAUGGCAUCUACUUGGACAUAAAUUCCAAGGCCUUCUUUUGGAUCAAGAUCUAUAGGAAGACCAUCAACAGCACCCUCUCCUGCAUCACCAUCAUGGUCAGCAUCUUGUUGCUCUAUUGCAUCCACACAAAAAACUAUAAGGGCUUGCUGUGCUACACUGUGUGGAUCUUUGUCUAUGAGCUCAUCAGCUUCUCCCUGGUCCUGUUCGUCAGUGGCUCCAUCAAAGAGCAGUUCAAAGAGCUGAUUUACAUGCAGUUGUUCUUCCAAGUAUCACGCAUGGUCCUGCACUUCUUUUGUGUGCCCUUUAUCGCCAAGCAUACAUAUACCCUCUACAAGGACCCCAAGACUUCAGGCAAGAUAUACCGUCACAGGCAUUCCUCUAUCAAUUCAAUCGAUUCGUGGGCACAUCUCCGUCUGAGAACGAUAUACCACAAGUUUAGCUGACUAUGUCAGGGAGAAGAGCAAGAGAGGGAGAGUGUACCCCAACAAUGGAGUGCCCCUUUUCCUAACUGUCUUCUGUUGAUUCUGCUUGCCUUUGGGAGGGUCUCAAGUUUUAUGCACUUAAGUGCUUUUGGGGGGAGAGAGAACUGCUUGGAUCCACUACUAUCCUUGUGUGUUUGUGACUUGUUUCAGCACUGAAUUAUAUACUGCCUUGUGCGAACUUAACCAUGUCAUUGGUAUUUACUGUUGUCUCUCAUAUUCUGCUCUCUGUAAAGCCUUACUUUCUAAUUUUUCUUUUGUGGGUUGCCUCACAGCUGCAUAGUUUUG